AUGGUAUUGAAAUCUACUUCUGCUGGUAACGUUUCAGUGUAUCAAGUAUCUGGUACUAAUGUUUCCCGUUCCUUACCAGAUUGGAUUGCCAAAAAGAGAAAGAGAUCGUUAAAGAAUGAUAUUGAAUAUCAAAAUAGAAUUGAAUUAAUUCAAGAUUUCGAAUUUAGUGAAGCUUCCAACAAGAUUAAGGUCUCUCCAGAUGGUCAAUAUGCCAUGGCAACUGGUACCUAUAAGCCACAAAUACAUGUUUAUGAUUUUGCCAAUUUAUCUCUUAAAUUCGAUAGACAUACUGAUUGUGAAAAUGUGGACUUUAUCAUCUUAUCAAAUGAUUGGACUAAAUCAGUUCAUUUACAAAAUGAUAGAUCUAUUGCAUUCCAAACUAAAGGUGGAAUCCAUUACAGAACUAGAAUUCCAAAGUUUGGUAGAGAUAUGGCUUAUAACCCUAUAAACUGUGAUUUGGUCAUUGGUGCUUCUGGUAAUGAAUUAUAUCGAUUAAACUUGGAUCAAGGACGUUUCUUGAACCCAUAUGUUUUGGGUACUGAUCAAGGGGUAAAUUCUGUAGAAAUUAACAGUGUUCAUGGGUUGAUAAGUGCAGGUUUAGAAGAUGGUACUGUUGAAUUUUGGGAUCCAAGAUCGAGACAAAGAGCAGCUAAACUUUUCGUUGCUGAACAAUUAGGAGAAGAUCUUCAAGUUACAGCAACUGCUUUCAGAAACGAUGGUUUAAACUUUGCAUGUGGGACUUCAAAUGGUAAGUCUUUAAUUUAUGAUUUAAGAACAUCAGUUCCAUCUAUUGUAAAGGAUCAAGGUUAUGGAUUUGAAAUUAAGAAAAUUAUGUGGUUAGAUGAAAAUGAUUCUAAUUCUGAUAUGAUUUUAACUACUGAUAAAAGAAUCGCCAAGGUUUGGGAUAGAAAUGAUGGUAAACCAUUUGCCUCGAUGGAACCAAGUGUUGAUAUCAAUGACAUUGAAUAUAUUAAAAACUCUGGUAUGUUCUUUAUGGCAAACGAAGGUAUUCCAAUGCAUACAUUCUAUAUUCCAGAAUUGGGUCCAGCUCCAAGAUGGUGUUCUUUCUUGGACAAUGUAACAGAAGAAUUAGAGGAAAAGCCUUCAAACACUGUUUACUCCAACUACAGAUUUAUUACCAGAGACGAAGUAACCAAGUUAAACUUGACUCAUUUGAUUGGUUCCAAGGUUUUAAGAUCUUAUAUGCAUGGUUUCUUCAUUGAUACUGAACUUUAUGAUAAGGUUAAUCUUAUUGCCAAUCCUAACUCUUACCAAGAUCAAAGAGAAAGAGAAAUUAAGAAGAGAAUCGAAAAGGAAAGAGAAUCGAGAAUUCGUACCACUGGAGCAGUUACCAACACCAAGAUUAAGGUCAACAAGGACUUGGCCAGUAAAUUGGAAGAACGUCAAGGUUCCAACGUUGCUGAAACUGUUAUUAAUGAUGAUCGUUUCAAGGAAUUGUUCGAAAACCCAGAUUUCGCUGUUGAUGAACAAUCUCAUGAAUAUAAACAACUUAAUCCAGUUAAAUCUACUAAGGAUAAGAGUGAAGGUAGAUCUCGUGCAUUGACUGCUGCUGAAGAAUCUGAUGAAGAAAGAGCCAACACUAACCCUAACAAGGAAUCCAGUGAUGAAGAUGAUGAAUCAGAAGAAGAAGAGGAAGAUAGUGAAGAAGAGAAUUCUGAAGAUGAAAGAAUGAAUGAAAUGCAAAAGAAGAAGGUUCAAAAGGAAAUGGAGAAAUUACGUAGAAAGAAGGAAUCAAAGGCAGAAGCUGAUAGAUUCUUAAAUGAAAUGAAGGCUGUUGCAUCUGAAGAUAGCACCAAUCAAAAGGCCAGUGAAACUUUUGGAUCUCAAAUGAAGAAGAAUGAAAGAGAAGCCAAGUUGAAUAAGAACGACCGUAGUGAUACUAGAUUACGUCGUCAUGCACGUGGUGAAGCUGAAAUGACUUUUGUUCCACAGAAACAAAAGAAACAAGCUAGAUUUAAGGAAGAAGACGAAGAAGAAGAUGAAGAAAAGACAAAGAACAGCGGUAGAACCAAGCAAAGAUUUGAUGGACGUAGAAGAGCUUCUAAGAAUGCGUUCCGUGGUAUGUAG